AUGGGUCCGAAGUCCAAAAGUGGCGGUGGGGGCUCUGCCAGACAGCAGAAGUCGCAAGCUGCAGAGGAUGAGCGUGAAGAGGCGCUUCAGGCUGUUGUUUUGGCAGAUACGUUUGAAACUCGCUUUGAGCCUUUUGCAUUAGAGAAGCCUCGGUGUCUCUUACCGCUCGCAAACACCCCGAUAAUUGAGUACACAAUGGAAUUCCUGGCCAAUGCUGGUGUUGAAGAAGUAUUCCUCUACGGUGGUGCACACUCAGAUCAGGUGGAGAGUUAUAUCAAUGCUUCGAAAUGGAAAUCCCCCUGCUCCCCCUUCAAAAGCUUCAUCUUCUUGAAAUCAACCUCCACCUCCGUUGGCGACGUCAUGCGUGAUUUAGACAGCAAGCAUUUGAUCACCCGCGACUUCAUCACCGUCAGCGGCGACGUGGUGAGCAAUUACCCAAUCGAAGAAGCACUUGCGAAACACCGUUCCCGGCGCCUAAAGGAUAAAAAUGCUAUUAUGACAAUAGUCCUGCGGGAAACGAAUAUUUCGCACCGGUCGAACCCAUCCGUGACUUCUGUUUUCUUCAUCGACCCCUCCAAAGACCGGUGCUUGCAUUACGAGGAAAUGGAAAGCCGGCCACGAAGAGGCUCUCGUUCAUCUUCUCACCACUCGCCGUCGAAUUUACUCAGUAUCGACCCGGAUAUGCUGAAGGAGUUUGCGGAACUUGAUAUCCGGAGCGACCUAGUUGAUACCUAUAUUGACAUCUGCACGCCGGAAGUUCUGGGCCUAUGGUCAGAUAGCUUUGAUUAUCAGACACCCCGAAAACAGUUUCUCUACGGCGUGCUUAAAGACUAUGAGCUGAAUGGGAAAACUAUACACACCCAUAUUAUUAAGAAGCAUUAUGCCGCUCGAGUUCGCAAUCUUAAGACUUAUGACUCUGUUACCAAGGAUAUUGUGUCCAGGUACACAUAUCCACUCUGCCCGGAGACAAACCUAGUACCGGAUCACUCCUACAGCCUGAAACGGGGUAAUAUUUAUCAAGAACAGGGUGUAAUGUAUGCGAAAUCCUGCCUUAUUGGAGGGAAAUCUGUCAUCGGCCAAGGCACUAGUCUUGCGGACCAUACAAUAGUUGAAAACACUGUUAUUGGGCGACGAUGCCGAAUAGGCAAGAAUGUUAUUCUCGAUGGCGCAUAUCUCUGGGACGACGUCACUGUUGGAGAUGGGACGGAAAUACGACACGCUAUCAUCGCCAAUGGAGCUAUCGUUGGGGAUAAAUGUAUCAUUGAAAAUGGCGCAUUACUCUCCUACGGAGUGAAAGUAGGAAAUGGGAUGACAGUCCGUGAGGGUACGAAAGUUACCCGAGCGGAGCGGGAACAGGGACCCAUCCCCAGUGAUCCUAAGGUUGUUGGGGAGGGUGGGGUAGGAUACGAAUUCUUCCACGAGCAGGAUGAAGAUGAUGAAAGCGAUAAUGAGAGCGUUGCGUCUUCCGGAUUACUUUACAACAUGGCCUCCCUUGCCCUUUCCACCACAUCAAUAUCUACCUUCUCCUCCGAAAUAUCUGAAGACGGCUACUCCCAGCACUCCAGAACAGGAAGCUUUGGCACUUCCUUCUCCGACGACGACGACCGCGUCCACUUCCACCAUGACGCCGUAACGAGCAUCUACGACGGUCUCCGCGACGGCUUAAGCGCUGACGUUGUCCAGCUCGAACUCGUCGGCCUACGUAUGAGCGCCAAUGCCUCAGAGCACCAGGUGCGCCGUGCCGUCGUCACGGCGUUCCUCAAACGGAUCUUGCAGCUCAUGGAAGCAGAUGGGCCGACAGGCCAAGCCCAGUCGGCACUCAGGGCGAGUGAAGCGGUUAAGCAGGUUCUUAGCAAGUAUAAGGAUAUUAUCGAGCGGAUUGUUUUUGAUCGUGAUGACCCCGAGGGAAAGAAGCCGGAUCAGGUUGAUUUGCUAUUGUUGAUUCAGCAGGAGCUUGUGGAUAAGGGGAAGGGGGAGACGGUUUUGUUGUUUAUGGCGAAGGAGCUUUAUGAUUUGGAGGCGGUGGAGGAAGAGGCGUUUGUGCAAUGGUGGGCGGAUGAGAGGGGUGUGGCCAGUGACGGGUUGAAGAGUGUUAGGAGGCAGACAGAGCCGUUCAUUGAGUGGUUGGCUAGUGCGGAUAGUGAGGAGGAUGAGAGUGAUGAGAGUGAUGAGUAA